GGGCUGAUGUUGCUUCCUCACAUGAGUGAAGUUUAGAAAAGCAGCUCGGAUUAACGGGGUUUUACUCUGUUGCAACUCUCACACCGUCAGAGCUGCUGUGACUAAACUCAACAGUCUAGACGUUUUCAUGCCAUUCCUCCUCCCUCUUCUUCACUCCCUCUCUGCCUUUUUUUCCUCCUCACUCACUCUGCAGUCUGUCUUCUUGCUUGUCUUCUCUAAUUUCCCUCCUUUUCCUUCAUUCUAUGUUUCUGUCCAUCUGUAAUCAUGUCCCUGGCAGCUCUGUCCGUCAUUUCCCUCCUUUAUGUCCUCAGAGCUCAGAGCAUCGACUCAUCAGACGCUUGGCCCGCCUCCUCUCUGUCGGGUUUUGAGCUUCCAGAGAUUGACGGAUCCGCUGUGGACAACACCUGCAGGAUCUACAUCAUUAACGAUGCCACCACAACAUCCACAACAUCCACCACAACAACAUCAACCACAACAACAUCAACCAUGACAUCACCCAUCACCAAGAAACAGGUGGUGGAAACAACGAAAAAGUCAGUCAUCGAAACGGCAGCAAAGAAACCAGAACCCAAAGACAACAGAGAACCAAUCAGGAUACAGCCUGCAGCAGGAGGACCAAUCAUUGAUCACCGUGUUGUCAGCCUUCUUCACCGCCUUCUGGCCAGUAGCAGAGGACAAGGGGCUGGUCUUCAGCCAAUCGGACGGCAGCCUCGGGGAGGGCAAGCCGCAUCCUCAGACAGCGACGAAUCAGUGGCAGCCUGGAAAACCGGUUCAGCUUCUUCAGACUCCAGUGACGAAUCAUAAAACUCAACCAGGAGCCGCCUCUGAACUUCUUUUCUAUUAUUGCAGCUGUUUAAUAGUUUUCGCUAAAAUGUCAUCAGGAUUUCAAGGUGAACUUUGCAGAAUGUUUUUUAUUCUUUAUCAGAUGCAAUUAAAAGAACUGCAUCAAUAUGCAGAUUUCAGUUGUAUUUGCUGUUUGAAAAAGAUGUAAUUUAAUCAGGGCUGGUCGCUGGCAUAAACACUCUAUGCCGUUGUUUAUAGCCACAUCCACUAGAGGGGGCCACACCACAAUAAGUGUGUGAUUCGCAUUUUGUCCCUGUCCAGGAUACAUUUUUAAAAAAUAAAUAUUUGCUGUUAAUCAUGUGCAUGUGUGUUUUAACCCAAUUACAAGCUGUGCACGUGAUUUGGUAGUUGUCCUGUGCAUGUUUUGGGGCCACAAAAAAAAUCUUGGUUAGGGCCACCAAAGUCCUAGGGCCGGCCCUGAAUAUAAUAAAACAAAUCUAAAGCCUUUACCAUUAAUAAACAUUCAUACACA